UUUCAAGCCUAGCCAUCCACUGAACAAGAAUUUAACUGAACGCAUGCAAAGCAAGGAAUAAGACAUCAUUCAUCCUACAUCAAUCUUUCCAUCAUCUCAUCUCAGACAAGGUGUGCAAUCCAAAUCAGCACACAAGCUCAGUUUCACAUUCACUCUUCUGAGCUCUAACAACAUAUACAUAUAAUGGCUUUCGGUGAACGUGGCGGUCGCGGUGCAGGCCGUGGCGGUGGUCGUGGAGGCGGUUUCGGCGGUCGUGGUGGUGCUGCAGGCGGUCGUGGUGGAUUCGGAGGAGGCGGUCGUGGAGGCGGCUUCGGUGGACGUGGUGGUGGUGCAGGUGGAAGAGGAGCACCUCGUGGCGGUGGCUUUGGCGGACGUGGUGCACCAGGUGGUCGUGGCAGAGGUGCUCCCCGUGGUGGUGCCAGAGGAGGUCGUGGUGGCGCUGGUGGUGCUCGUGGCGGCAAAGCUGGUGCCAAAGGUGGCUCAAACGUUAUCGUCAAACCACAUCGUCACGAAGGUAUCUUUGUCGCUGAAGGUAAAGAACACCUUUUGGUCACAAAGAACUUGGUUCCCGGAGAAAGUGUUUACGGUGAAAAGCGUAUCAGCGUCGAGACUCCAGCUCAAGGUGAUGAUGCUUUGAGUCAAAAGACAGAAUACCGUGUUUGGAACCCUUUCCGAUCCAAAUUGGCUGCUGGUGUUUUGGGUGGUUUGGACCACAUUCACGUAAACCCUGGAAAGAAAGUCUUGUACUUGGGUGCUGCAAGUGGUACCAGUGUCAGUCACGUUGCUGAUGUUGUUGGACCCGAAGGAACAGUUUAUGCUGUCGAAUUCUCUCAUAGAUCUGGACGUGAUUUGAUCAACAUGGCCAAGAAACGUACAAAUGUGAUCCCAAUCAUUGAAGAUGCAAGACAUCCUCAAAAGUACCGUAUGCUUGUGGGAAUGGUUGACACAAUUUUUGCUGAUGUUGCUCAACCUGAUCAAGCCCGUAUCGUUGCUUUGAACGCUUCUCACUUUUUGAAAGAUGGUGGUGCAGCAGUCAUUAGUAUCAAGGCAAGCUGUAUCGACAGUACAGCCGUGCCAGAAGCCGUUUUCGCAGGAGAAAUCAAAAAGAUGCAAGAAGCAAGCCUACGUCCAAAAGAACAAGUUACCUUGGAACCAUAUGAAAGAGAUCACUGCAUCGUUACAUCCGUUUACCAAAGACAUAAAUAAUGGUUGAGAUGAAUGUGCUCUCUCUAUAUGUGCUCUUUCUUGUUUCGUUUAGUUCUCGUCUCUUUUGUAUAUCGUAGCUCGCUUUUCUCAUACAAUAUCUUUGGCAUCAUUUUGCAAACGUCUGAGAGAAAUUUAGGUAGAGGAAGAAGACUUUUUAAUG